GCAGGUUCACACUACGAUGGAUGAAAUGAGCGGUGUCUAUUUACACGCCUACGCAUCUUCCAUGCAUUUAACUAGACCUACCGUUUUUUGAUAACAAGCUAUUUUAAAAAUCGUUAUGCUUACUUGGCUGAGUACUCCGUUAAAUAUCGAGACAUAUAAUUUAUGCAAGUAAGUUGGGCCUAAUGUCGAUUUUUCGUAUUUUCAACCAGCUUCAGUAUCCGAGUACGAUUAUUCCAUUGGCCAUACCUGGCACGCCAAAAGGAUCAUUUUGCAUGUGAAACAUCCUCAUCUCUGUCCAAACACGGGGGAACCUCUCUUUUAUACUCUUACUGCAACUUGGACACAGUCAGCAAAGGAUUAAGUUACUUCUGUGGAGGGAUUAUUUAUUGACUCCCUUUGCUUCAUCGGUUGCAAUCGGGUGUCCCUUGCACAUACGUCACAUUUGAUCGAGUUUGAGCCAUGUCGUUCCGACGAGGCGUGGUGCGGCAGAGUAAGUUCCGGCACGUGUUUGCGCAGGCGUGGAAGGCGGAGCACUGUCUGGAUGACGUGCGGGUGACGCGGGUGACCUGGGAGGCGCCGCUGUGCGCCGCCAACCCCAAGUUCAUCGCCGUCAUCGUGGAGGCCGGCGGCGGCGGCGCGUUCCUCGUCUUGCCCCUCAACAAGAGUGGCCGCAUCGACCAGAACACCCCGACCGUGUGUGGCCACGCGGCGCCCGUGCUGGACGUACAGUGGUGUCCCCAUGAUGACAAUGUCAUUGCGAGUGCCUCAGAAGACUGCACAGUCAAGGUAUGGCAGAUCCCAGACGGGGGCCUUAAGGCUCCGAUGACGGAGGCCGUGGUGACACUGGAGGCACACAGCAAGAGAGUAGGGAUCCUGGCAUGGCACCCCACCGCACUCAACAUACUCAUGACCGCCGGCUGUGACAACAUGCUGUGCAUCUGGGACGUGGGCACGGGCGAGUUGGUGUACCAGCUGAGCGAUGCCCACCCGGACCUCAUCUACAGCGUGUGCUGGAACAGGGAGGGCAGCGUCGUGUGCACCACCUGUAAGGACAAGGCACUGCGCGUCAUCGACCCACGCCGCGGCACCGUGCUCAAGGUGAAGGAGAAGGCUCAUGAGGGUACGAGGCCCAUGCGGGCAGUCUUCCUGUCCGAUGGCAAGAUCCUGACUACAGGCUUCAGCCGCAUGAGCGAGAGGCAGCUGGCAUUAUGGGACACGAGGGAUCUCUCGGAGCCCAUGGCUGUGCAGGAGAUGGACACCAGCAAUGGGGUGCUGCUGCCUUUCUACGACCCAGACACCAGCAUGGUCUAUCUGUGUGGAAAGGGUGACUGCACCAUCCGCUACUUUGAGGUGACAGACGAGUCCCCGUAUGUGCACUUCAUCAGCCUCUACAGCAGCAAGGAGCCUCAGAGGGGGGCCGGAUUCCUCUGCAAGAGGGGCGUCGACGUCAACAAGUGCGAGAUCGCCAGGUUCUUCAAGCUUCACGAGCGGAAAGUGGAACCCAUCUCCAUGACCGUACCUCGCAAGUCCGAUCUCUUCCAGGGUGACCUGUACCCCGACACAGCCGGGCUGGAGCCCUCCCUGCUGGCGGAGGAUUGGAUAGCCGGCCAGGACGCCCCGCCCCUCCUCAUCUCGCUAAGCGGCGGCUACGUGGCCCCGUCCUCCAAGCAGAGAGACACCCUGAGGGGGCGGCCCAAACUGCCGCUGCAGAGCACGAACUCCGCCCCUCCGAGCACCACCGCCGCUUCCACCACCUCCGCCUCCCCCUCCUCCGCUACCCCACCCGCUGCCGCCCCCUCCUCGGCAACCCCCGUCGCCCGGGAGAUGGAGGUGGUGGAGACUCCCGUACCGGCCAAGGUGGUUCAGGAGACGGAGGGGGUAACGGUGGACAGGGAGAGGAAGGAGGAGGAUAUACUGAGCGAUGUCCUGGCGGAGGUGCGGGCGUUGAAGGCGGUGGUGCUGGCCCAGGGCAGACGCAUCGACAUGCUGGAGCGCCAGCUGACUCGCAUUGAGGACGGAGACGUGUGACGCACCCC